GCACUUAGAACCUCCGCUGUGCUAUUUCUGUUAUUAAGUGAUAACUAAAUUGUUUUCUCGGCUCAACACAUUCAUUCUACAACUUAUUUGCUGAUUUCGUUAAUCGAUGGCUCAACCACUACUAGCAUCAUGUGGUCUAAGCGAGCCGGCACUUCCACCUGGGCUCACCCUCGUCCGGCAGCACUCGGCGGUCGAUGGUAGCUUCCUAAUAGCAGCCGUUCUGGGACAUCGACUCAAAUUAUCCAGGAACGAACGGGUUCUACUCAUUGCAGCCCACCACAGCUACAGUCAUUACAGCAGUGCCUGCCUGAAAUUAGCCUAUAAUCUAGGCCCCGCUCGGGAUUCUGGACAGCUGGAAAUUUUUGACGUUGGUGCGGAGGUCGCUCAAAAUUAUCCCGUGCUUCCAGCAUUAAACGACAUACAGAAGCGGAUCGAAACGUUUUUGGAGCAAUCACCGGAGGCGACAGUGCUAAUAGAUGAUCUCACCUUUCUGCUUAACUUCGGGCAUUCUGAGACGGAAUUAAUCAACCUUGUUGAAACCUGGGUUUCUUUGGCAAACGCUCAACAAUCGUUCGUUAUUAAACUGAACACUGCCGAACUGUACGACUGGCUAUGUGACAAUUUGGUUGAUAUGGCUGAGAUCGAGGUGCGACUAGAGCAGCUUACCUCCGGUAAUUUCCGAGAAGUUGACGGACGACUCAAUGUGAGCCGACUUAACCAUGCAGACAGUCGGGGGGAAAAUUCGCUAAUAAGCUUCAGAACGUUGGAGAAAUCAUUGCUGUACAAAGUGAACGACCGAAGCAUUAAAGUGUUCGUGCCGGGUGAAGUAGGAAUCAAGAACGUUUGAGUGCGACAGAAAUU